AUGGAACAAAAUUAAGUAGAUAAUAGCAUGAAGUGCUAAAAACAUCUUAAAAACGAUAUAAUUUACCUUUAAAUAAAUGAAAUUAAUGAAAAAAAUAGUGUUUUUUACUGUGAAAUUUGUGUUAAUAGAGACUUUAAUUUUAAGCCUCAAAAUUUUGUUAGAAUCAAAGAGAUUUUAGAUUAUUGCAAAGACUCAGUCAUAUUUAAUUGGCCUCCUCUGGAUAGCCAUGCCAUUCAAUAGCAUCUUAUUGAAAUUUUUGAAAAUGGAGAGAAAAAAUGUGAGGGCUUAAAAAAGAAAAUAGAAGAUUAUUUUGAGAGUCUAAAGAAUGACAUAAUAUCGAAAAUAGAUGAUUGUAAAAGCUAGUUUCUUAAAUUUGUUACAGAAAAUCCUUUUAGUGAAAGCUAGAUCAAAAAGAAAUAUGAGGAGUUAUCUAAGGGCGAUCUUCUCAAUUAAAUAAUAAAAGAGCAAUCUCAUAAUCCAAGUGAAGGAGAAAAGAAUUACAGAAACUUCAUUAUUGAAUUUAUCGAAAAAAAGAAAGAAAACUCAGAUUAUUUGCUAAACAUGAUAGAAAAAAAUAACUAGAUAUACAAAACAGUAGAUUUUGAGAAACUUAAUUAAAUAAAAUAGAUGAUGAUUGCAGAUUUUGAUUAAAUCAAUCACAUACUUUAAAACAAUGGCGUUCAAACCCUUAAAAAUGAUAUACUUGAAAGUCUUGAAUUUAUAAAAUCUAAGCAUGAUACAAAAUAUUAAGAUCUUCAUAUUGAAAGAGAUAGCUUAAAUCAUAGUUUAACUCUUAAAAUACAAGAAUAACAGCUAGGAUAUGGCACAUAUUACUAUUCUAAUAAGAUACUUGAAAAGAACAAAAAAUACAGAUUUAAAAUCAAGGUUUCAAAUGUUGACAUUUCUAAUUCUGCAAGAUUUGGAUUUGGACUGUGUAGAGACUAAAUUAAAGACUCUGCCAUCCUUUUGCAAGAUAACAUUUUCUUCCAUGCAAGAUUAUCUCAGUUUUCACUCAAUCCAACUAAUCUCACAAAUAGUGUUAUUAAAUUAGUUAAAGGAGACUUCAAGCACUGCAACAAAGAAAUAGAAAUAGAGAUUAAUAUUUUCUUAGAACAAAAGAUAUUUAAUGUAAUUGAAGCAAAUCAUAAUUUUGAAAUCACUGUUGCAGAUUAAUACAAAGAAAAUCUGUCAAAUUAUGAAUCACUUAGGUUCUAUUUAUUACUUGACACAUUUAUUUAAUUUUAGUUUAUAGAAGCAGUUGAAAUUUGA